UUUGCCACAUUCAACAUGGCGGACGCUCUGACGCAUCCGCAGAACCCGCCCGACGAGGCGUCUACGUAUAACCAAAACUACAUCUCCCACAACCCCGCAGUCCUCUGGCACAAAGCGUCAUCAGGUCGCGUCGAGACAAAACAGAAUCAGGAAAAGCCAGCAAGUGCAUCUGCAGCGGAGUGUUCCUGCCGAACUUCGGUGUCUGCCAUGGCGGGCUCAGCCACCUCCGGUUCUAAAGAGCGCCCAGCUGCCAGGACCAGCUUCAUCCCAGAGCUGCAGAGCAUGAUGUUUGCUCUGGGAGACGCCCGCAGGCCUCUGUAUGAAACGGCGGCGCUCGUGGAGGACGUCGUUCACACGCAGCUCAUCAACAUGCUGCACCAGGCCUGUGAGGGUGCAGCGCUUCGUGGUUCCAGGGUCAUUUCAGCGGAGGACAUCCUCUUCCUGAUGAGGAGAGACAAGAGGAAACUGGCGCGGUUAUUACAGUAUCUUCAGUUCAGAGAUUACAAAUCCAAGCUACUAAAAACUCUAGAGGAAGAAGACGCGCAGCAGGAGCAGGGUGGUGCGGCUGCUGGCGGUAAUCCACGCAGGCAGCGGUUGGCCCAGGACUUCCUGGCAUGGAUGGAUCAAACUGGGGAAUACCUUUCACUGGCUGAGAGACAAGAAGUUGACCCAGUCAAAGUGGAGAGGAUGGAGCGUUUAGAGCGACACACGCGAAAUAUGGAUGUAGCUCAGUACACAGAGUUCUGCGAGAGUCGACAGCUGAGCUUCGCCAAAAAAGCAUCAAAGUUUCGGGACUGGCUGGACUGCAGCAACCUGGAGCUCAAACCCAACAGCAUGGCCACAGAGAUCCUCUCAUACCUGGCCUACGAGACGGUUGCUCAGAUUGUAGAUUUAUCUCUGUUAGUGAAGCAGGAGAUGACUGUGAAGAUGAACCCGGUCAGCCACGUUAUCUCUGCCAGCUACAUCCACUACAACACCCACCCUGAGGUCAAGAAGGAUCCAGAUUCGCCCGAAGCCACGCCCCCCUCCACACCAGGCUCCUCCCACUCCUCAAAGCCCCUCCUCCAGGGGAACGGCGGCGCCGACAGCCGAGCGAGGCAGAGGAAACGGAAAAAGAGCUCUCCGGCCACAGUGGAGCCCCCCAGUGGAGCCAUCCAGCCGUGUCACAUCAGAGAGGCCAUCAGAAGAUACAACUACAGGCACACGAGCGCCUACAGGAAGAGCGGGAUGGCUUUCCUCGUCUGCUGAUGCAUCACUUUCUACUCAUUUUCUAUGUGUCAUUUGUUUAAUUUUUUAGUAUUAAAAACCCCCAAAAUGUACACAAGGACUUUGUGGUUUUCAUUGAUGAAAAACUUUAUUUGUCACUA